AUGAAGCCCCGAUCAGACGACCUCUUCUUGCUUUUCUUCCGUGUCAUGUACUUGACUAUUUUCACUGGAUACACUUGUUUCACGAUCCUGGGCUUCGCGGCUAUCGGGGCUGGCAUCGGUAUGGUAGCAACUGUUGUAGUUGCUGCUGGGUCUGAGGUCGCCUUUGUACUCAAUAAGAAAGAGGAGGCGGAGAAGUUGAGAAUGGAGCGGUACUUGGCGUGA